AUGGCGGUGCCAGGUACCCCAGGGCAGACACUUCGACCUCCAGAAGUGACACACACGCGCCCUGAGGACCCAAAUACCCCUAGCCUAGCUAACCUACGCACUACAAAAAGACACAGGCAAGCCGAAGCAGCGCCUAUACCUAUAUCGUUCGGUGGUAGUGCUAACAAGAGACAACUGGUGACGGGCGCGGUUACGGAGAAGAUCACGGCAGCCCAAGAGGCCGCCAAAACUAGACACAGCAUCAUCACAGCUAUCGCGAACGCGAUUGAUCAUUGCCUAGAGAACUUCACUAGCAUAGCGGAGCGCCUGGUCGCACAAGAACUACAGCAACGUGUGGUGUAUGCCCUAACCAACUCUAUCCACCACCCAUCCACGACCACCCCCCAGCCUGUGAGCGACGCUGGGCCUAAGCCUACACGAACAUAUGCGGAAGUCGCAAAACCCCCCAACAGCCACUCUAUGCAGGAAAGGGGCGCCGCUAUAACUAAGACGGCAGCAACCCACCGAAACGGCAUAACCCUGAAUAAGCCGCCGAAUAAGCCCGUACCAGACAGACGAAUUCUUUUCCAGCUAUCUACAGCACAGAGAGUAAAACAGCCUUCGCCCUUUGUAAUGCGAAAAGCACUGUGCGCAAGGAUUGAUAACCUCACUCUGCAAGACAUCCCAAGACUCACAACGACAAAAACAGGCUGGGCACUCACACCAGCCAAUGACACUAUCAAGAGCCGCCUGUUGCAGCCAGAUAACGUUGAAAUCAUACUAGAAACUCUAGGUGCAGUCGGAUUCCAGCUCCCGGAGAAAUGGAUCAACUACGCAGUGCAGCGUGUAGAGGCGGCUCUUAUAGGACUCCAUAUAGGCGGAGAUGCAGCAGUACCAAUCAGCGAAGAAAAUGUUGCAGAGGAACUGCAGAGUGUACGCAGAGCCGGAAAUCGUGCCUACCAAAGAACCGAGCAGUCCCAGGACAAAGGAGACACGGCUGCCGAACCUAUUGUCAUCGCAGAAGAACAGCCAAGCCAGGAUGGUCAACCUGCGCUCCAGCAGCCGCUACUGCGAGCUACGCAAUCAAGACAAGCAAAAAGAGUCCAACAAGAAGAGACACUAACAGGAACAGAUACCGCUACAGCCGCAAUCACACCUAUAGACGCCGAUACAAUUACAAUCACAACUACAGCAUCCCAGAACCCUCAGAGCCGUCGCCCACGCCGUGCUGCAGCCCCAAGAGAGAGUCUAAGUCUAGCAGCACUCUCAACAAGGAGCCUAAGGACAGAGCACACAGUGUCUACACCGACAGAAGCCAUAAUACAGGCUGGCCUAUCCUCUACUAUAGGAGAUACAGAAAUGAGUGAAGACGCACUACAAUGGUAG